GCAUGAUUUGGAAAUGAGGGAAAGGCCUGGAGUUUCUGUUCUUCCUUUUGACAGAACUUUCCUGAUGUUGGUUAUCAACUUGCAAACUUCACUCUUGUCGACAUGCACUAAAAUACAUAGUCAACUUUAAUUCAAAAGCACAGAGUCAAGAAAAACCUCUAUUACAAUGCCUCGUGGAGCAGCAGGAGCGAGCCAGUCCCAAAGGCAGAAGUCACAACCAAAGAAGGGACGGCAAAAAGGAAGGGCUGCUGUGGUAGAGUCAUCAUCAGCAUCCAGCUCGGGAGAGGAGGAUAUGGACGCCAGUCAAAGCCAGCAACAGACUCAGAGCAUGACUCAAGCUGAAAGAGCAGUCGCCAAACUCACGCCAGAACUCAUCGAAAGGAAGGUUGGUGAGUUGGUACAAUACAUGCUGAUAAUGGAACAAAAGAAAAUCCCAAUAAAGAGGGGAGAUAUUACCAAGCAUGUAUUGAAGGCCGAGUAUCGCAAAAUUUUGCCGCACGUUCUGGAUAGAACCAAGAGGAAGCUCAAGAUGGCAUUUGGUUUGGACCUUGUGGAGUUGGUACAUAAAACUGGAAAAAGCUCAACAAAGAUGUACAUACUUCUGAACAGAAUAGAGACAGAAGCACAAGGAGACUUCAUAGACAGUUCCUCUGAAGAUCCCAAGGUUGGUCUCCUUCUGGUGAUACUGAGCCUCAUCUUCAUGAAUGGAGGAGUUCUCACUGAAGUUGUCCUUUGGCACACACUGGAGAAGUUGGGCCUUCGACAAGAAGAAAAGAACCAUGAAUUGUUUGGUGAUCUCAAGAAACUGGUGACAUCCGAGUUUGCUUCAAAGCAAUUGUAUUUAGACUACAGUAAGAUACCCAACACAGACCCUGCAUUGUAUCAGUUUAAAUGGGGUCUCCGAGCCAAUGCAGAGGUCACUAUGAGAAGUGUCCUGGAGUUUGUCUGUAAGAUGUACGGAGACAACACAGAGAUGAGCACAUGGAAGGAGCAGUACCGGGAGGUACUCCAUUCUGAAAGGUCAGGAAGUCAGACUGAUGAGGAUGAAGAGUCUGCAUCAGGAUCUGAUGAAUCAGACGAAUCGGACUGAGGAGGCAGUUAAGACCAUGCACCGACUUCAUGAAGCUGUUAAAGGCAUUGGGGUCGAUUCCACAAAGAGUUGGGACUAUGGCAAUGGGGUGGAGCUUAAAGG